UGCAUUUCUACUGUGACACUUGUUCUGUCCCAAUCUGCCGGGAAUGUACUAUGGGACGACAUGUAGGUCAUAGUUUUAUCUACCUCCAAGAUGCCCUUCAAGAUUCAAGAACCCUCACCAUCCAGCUGCUAGCGGACGCUCAGCAAGGACGCCAGGCUAUUCAGCUGAGUAUUGAACAGGCCCAAGCAGUGGCAGAGCAAGUUGAAAUGAAAGCUAAAAUGGUGCAGUCUGAAGUCAAAGCUGUGACAACUAGACAUAAGAAGGCCCUGGAAGAAAGAGAGUGCGAACUGCUAUGGAAGGUGGAAAAGAUUCGUCAAGUCAAAGCUAAGUCGCUCUACUUGCAAGUUGAAAAGUUGCGUCAGAACCUGAAUAAACUGGACAACACGAUUAGUGCUGUUCAGCAGGUCCUAGAGGAGGGGCGCACCAUAGAUAUUCUUCUGGCCCGGGACCGCAUGCUGGCUCAGGUGCAGGAGCUGAAGAAUGUGAGAGGCCUUCUGCAGCCCCAAGAGGAUGACAGAAUCAUGUUCACACCUCCUGACCAGGCUUUGUACAUGGCCAUAAAAUCAAUGGGGUUUGUUAGCAGUGGGGCUUUUGCUCCUCUGACCAAAGCCACUGGGGAAGGUCUCAAACGUGCACUACAGGGCAAAGUGGCCUCCUUCACAGUGAUGGGAUACGACCAUGAUGGUGAGCCACGCCUUUCAGGAGGCGAUAUGAUCUCUUCAGUGGUGAUGGGCCCUGAUGGAAACCUGUUUGGAGCCGAUGUCAGUGAUCAGCAAAAUGGGACCUAUGUGGUCAGUUACAGACCACAGCUGGAGGGAGAGCAUCUUGUUUCAGUCAUGAUGUGCAACCAGCACAUUGAGAACAGUCCAUUCAAGGUCACGGUGAAAUCUGGGCGCAGUUACAUUGGCAUUGGGCUACCAGGGCUUUCGUUUGGCAGUGAGGGAGAUAGUGAUGGCAAGCUGUGUCGUCCCUGGGGAGUCAGCGUAGACAAAGAGGGCUACAUCAUUGUUGCUGAUCGCAGCAAUAACCGAAUUCAGGUGUUUAAGCCUUGUGGCACCUUUCACCACAAAUUUGGCACGUUGGGCUCGCGGCCUGGCCAGUUUGAUCGACCUGCGGGUGUUGCCUGUGACAUCUCGCGUAGAAUUGUUGUGGCUGACAAGGACAAUCAUCGCAUCCAGAUCUUCACAUUUGAGGGGCAGUUCAUUCUGAAAUUUGGGGAGAAAGGAACCAAGAAUGGGCAAUUCAAUUACCCGUGGGAUGUGGCAGUCAACUCUGAAGGCAAAAUCCUAGUCUCUGACACGAGGAACCACCGAGUUCAACUCUUCGGGCCUGACGGCGUGUUUCUGAAUAAGUAUGGCUUUGAAGGGGCACUCUGGAAGCACUUUGAUUCCCCAAGGGGUGUGACUUUCAAUCAUGAGGGCCAUUUAGUAGUCACAGAUUUCAACAACCAUCGCCUUUUGGUCAUCCAUCCAGAUUGCCAGUCAGCACGCUUCCUUGGGUCAGAAGGCACUGGUAAUGGCCAGUUCCUGCGCCCACAGGGUGUGGCAGUGGAUCAAGAGGGGCGCAUCAUUGUGGCUGAUUCUAGGAACCACCGAGUGCAGAUAUUUGAGUCCAAUGGUAGCUUUUUAUGCAAAUUUGGCACUCAGGGAAGUGGCUUUGGUCAGAUGGACCGUCCUUCGGGUAUAGCAGUCACCCCUGAUGGCAUGAUUGUUGUGGUCGACUUUGGAAACAAUCGGAUUCUUGUCUUCUAAUUUGUUGUCUGAAUUAGGAAGAAACUGUCUCAGGGAAAUUCUUUUUUUCUUUUUCUUUUCUUUUUUUUAAGAUAACGAAAAAAUACAACGUUGAUUCAAACCUACCUCAUCUUUAAUUUUUUUUACAGAUGAAUGUACUUCUUUUUUCUGCAGGGAGUGAUCCU